GCAAAGCGGCCGCCGCAAACGCUUUGAACUCGUUUCCCGGACAGACGGACAACUCUCAUGGGUCUUGAAGUUUUUCCUCUAUAUUGAUCUCUUCGACCGAUUCGGAAAAAAACAACCGAGAAAAAUAAUAACGCCCAGCGAACCAAAAUUUGUGCGCGUUUUGAUUUUUUGGCGCGUUUUUCAUUUGUUUUGAUUUCGCGUCUGUGAACCUUUCUGGCUUUUUCCCUGGCUUUAACGGCGGCUCCUUCCUUUAGGCCACACAACUAUGUAUUGAUAAAUUGCCAGCCGACGAUUUCCGUCGUGACCCGCGCGUUAUGCAAAAUGCUCAAAAUGUAAAUAAAUAUUAAAAUAAUACACAAGAUCACGAGAAGGGGGAGCCGAGAGUCUGCCACACUGCCUUCCUUUUGUAUGCGCCCAGCCUUUUGCCUUUGUUGGUUUAAGCCGUUCGGAUCGGUUAUUUCACAUUUUUUUUCGUUCAAUUUUUGCGCUUGUGCUGUGAAAAAUGAAGUGAAUCUGUCUGCUGGCCGGCCGAUCGCCAAGUGAAUUGCCAUUGCAACAAUAAUAAUAAGGAAUAAUAAUAAUAAUGCAAGCCGACAAAUUUCGGAGUGCCUUUUCUUUAUUUAUGAAAACAAUAAACGCAACACAACAAACUACGCAUUAAGUCGGGGCUCCGAAAAAUCGCAGUCCUGGUCCGAACCCAAACCCGAAUCUGGAUUGGAUGGGAAGUGCCGGCGGUUUCCUGGCACGCAUAUAAUUUGCAUGUGGAUAUCGAUCUUUAUGACCGGAGACGCUUCGACGAUGGCUUAUGCAAUCUGGAAAAUAUUCAUGAAGCAAUAUGCCCGCCUGCGCUACGAUCCGCAGCCCCUCAGUCCGAAGUUGAUCUGGCACUCGUACGCGGCCAUUCAGACGACGACGGCUGACACGAACAUCGAGGCAGGGCGAGCAGAAGCAGCUGUUUCUGGUUCAGGAGCAGGAGCGGAAUUAGCCGAGAUCUUGGUGCCGAGUGACACGCAAAUCGAUGUUCCAGGCGGAGGGAAUCCAGGAGGGCAGAUCCCGAACCUAGAGACCCCUGACAGGGACAUGAAAGAGGCCAGAGCAGCGCCCAUAGCUCUCGAAGAUGAGGAUCAGGAGGCGGAGGAUCCGGAGGAGGAGGAGUCCCCAGAGGUGGAGCAGCUGUCCGCGAAUGCUAAUUACGUGUGCUGUCGAUACCCGGGAACAGCCUCCACCUCCACCUCUGCAGCGACAGCAGCAGCCACUUUGAACCGCAGCAAGUCGCGGGUUCAAAAGUACCUCAAGAAGUGCAAGCAGCGGCUAACGGGUCAGCCAAAGAUUCCAGCUAGCAGUGCCACCACCACGACCACGAAAACCCUGAUCAGGAAUGAGCCAGCACCCACGACAAUUGAGGAGAGGGAAUCCGAGGAGGAGCAGGGGGAACUAGAGGAGCAGGAGCAGGAGGAGGAGGAGGAUCUGGCGGAGGGCAGCACCGGGUCCUAUACGGAUGCCCUGCCCAUCGAAUGCAGUUUGAGUGCUAGCAUUGCCGAGGAACAACAGCAGGCGGUCGACGAGCUGGAGCCGAAAAAGGAGGAAGUCCAAGUCCCACUGGAGGUUGAGUUGACGGAACCUUCCUCAACAUCUCCUCCGCAGAGCAGCCCCGGAGGAAUCCCGAUGCCAGCGCGACUUCCCGCCGACGUGGACGCCACGCUGGCCCGGCUGAUUGACAGCCAUCUGUCGCACAUUUAUCCCGUCUACUGGGCACGCACGCGUGCGAUUUUAAUCCAGCAGGCACGUGAGCGACUCGUGUGCGGAUUCGACGGCAGCUUGGCCCGCUUCGAGCAGCGAUUCCUAUGCAAAUUUGCGCAAAUUGCCACGGCUCUCCGCACGGCCCAUCAAAUUGGCGAGUCCUGGUUAUGGCAUCCCGGCUGGCCUUUGGCAACAUCCAAUGGAGCGCUGGUCUUGCAGCUGAGCGACGCUGAGAUCGCGCACGCACUUCGCCCGGCGGAGCUGUAUCUCUGCAUCAAAUUGGAAUCUUCGGCAGAAGGCGACGCGGACUGCACACCGCGCCUCUAUGCUGUUUGGCGCUCGUCCCGCAAGGAGGAGAGCGUCCAGAGCCACUGCAUCGACCACGAGAAUCCCGGCCAGUUGCCCCUGAGCGUGCUCCAGCUGGAAAUGUCCACGGCAGCGGCGGCACUGAUGGCUUCGGAUUGCGGCGAGUUGCCGCAACUGCUGCAGAAUCUGCUGGUUAGUGUGGAGCGUAGUAUUGAGCGCGUUUCGCUAAACGAGCUGCAGAUGCCGAUGCAUCAUCAUCAUGGAUCUGGGGAGGAUGCCCUCGAUGAGGCCAACAAUAAUAACCACAGCCUGGUGGGAUUGGGAUCACCCAAGUGCGCAUUGCGACGCAGCGAUUUGAUUACCAAAAACAAACUGUUCAACAGCCGCUACAUGCUGAGGCGUCUGACCAACCGGCAGGACAGUAUGAACUCCACCUCGUCUGGGAACAGCAACGUGAGCGACAGGAGCAGCAGCUCCAGUUCCAGCUCCAACUCGAGUGCCGGCGAGGAGCUCCUGACCAGCAACUCGGAGGCGGCCAAGAAGAGGAGCCAAGGCGGUGGCAACGAGGCGAGUGGUGCCUCCACCUCGCCGGCCCUGCCCCUCUUUUGCCUGGGCAACUCAUUUCCGCACAUCGACAGCGAUGAGGAGCCCAGCGAUAGCAUCGGACCGGGGAAACACCACAGUCUAGAGACCUGCGAGACGGAACUACUGCCGCCCAGCUCGAUUGGCGAGCUGCCUGAGAAACUGCUGACCAGCGGCGUCUAUUUACCAGGCACACGCACCCUCCAAGGCGACCCACUUGUGAGCGUGGACGCGGCCUGUGUGGCGUCCGCCGGCCUCAAUUGCUACGAGCUGGCCACGCUGCUCCUCUACUACAGCACAAUUCCCGAGCGAAGCUCCUGCCCCUUCUCCACCCUGGCAACACCCGGAACGACGGCCACAAUCAAUGGCCAUAAAAGCACCGAGCAGCAGCAGCAACAGCAGAAACAACAACCCGCCCAACAGACAUUUACCAUUUUAAUUGCCAUCGAGAAGUCUCAACAUUUAUGCGUAAUCGACUUAAUUUGCCAAAGUCUUCGGCUCUUGGCCAAGCAAAUUGGCAAUUGUGAAAUUUUGGCCGUUUGUUCCGAUUCGAGUCUGCUGCAAUUGUGCAACGAGCAGCAGCAGCAGAAGCAGCGGCAGCAGAACAAUAACAGUGAUCACCCGGAGCCGCCGUCGUCGUCGCCAUCGCCAUCGUCAUCACCAUCGCCAUCGCCAUCGCCAGUGGAUUUGGUUAAAUUCAUUAGCGUGGACCAAGUCACGACAAGUGUUGCGCCAUCGCAGCUGCCCGCUGGACUGCUGCCCUCCGUGCCCGCCCUGGCCGCGCUGGCCGGGAUUGGCCAGCGGCAUCACGAUGCCACCAAGUGGCGGGAGUUUUUCGCCCAACUGGAGGCCUUCCAGCGCCAGUGCUCGACGGCCGGCGGUCGGCUGGUGAGUGCCCUCAGCGAAAUACGCGCCGCCGAUCUCCAGGGAUUGCCCACGCGCCGCCAGCUUUAUGGCCAGCAUCGCGCCCUCAGUCGUGCGCUGAUGGACUCCCAGCUCCACAGUCUCCGCAAGAUGGGUGCUGGCCAAUUGGCCAGGCUUCAGGACUUGGCCAGGGCCAUCACCUCUGCCCCUUCCCCUCCAUCAUCGCCGCGGAUGACGUCAUCGGCCCAAUCGGGGGCAUUCCUCAACGUGGAUGCCGCCUGCAAGCUGCGCAAGGUGACGCUCCUCUUCAACGAGGUGGACCGGGCGGCCCAGCGACUGGAACAGCUGACGGAGCAGCGCAGGGAGCGACUCAGGCAACUGACCAGACAGCGGGCCCUCGAGGAUGAGAUCAGUGAGGUCACCUCUUGGCUGGGCAGCGAUGGAGCGGAGAAUCUGCAAAAGUUUUCCCAGUUGCAAUGGGACAACGAAUCACAGCUGAGGACCCAGGAGCAGGAGUUUGAGAAGUACUACUUUAUAGCGAUGAAACAUUUGGCCAAAGGACGGGAUCUGCAUGCCGCUGCAUUGAAAGUCUCUGUCCUAAGUGAAAGCGCCAACAACCUGAAGUCUGCCCUGGAUCAAUUUGGCCAGAAACUGGAGGUGGCCCACGAGCGUUUCGAGGCUGCCGGCCGCCUGCUGCACUUGCUCACCCAACAUCAGCGAGAAUCCGCUGCCAGGGAGGAGCUGCAGCGCCUGGCGGAGCAACUGGGCGCCACCUCGUUGCUGGAGAAGCACGGCUGGCCGUCGAUGAGGAAGAGCCACUCGCUGCCGGUGGCCAGUAGCACUCCUGCUCCAACCACCGGGAAGAGGGUGAGCUAUCGCUGCAGUUCGGCCAGUGGCAGCUCCUUCGAGGGCGGUCCUUCGAGCAGCAGUUGCAGUUGCUGGCGGGAAAGUCGCAACCUGGAGGACAUGGACCAGAUGGAGGAGGAGGAGGAGCAGGAUCACGACUGUGACGGUGGCGACGGAGAGGAGCAGCAGUCCAAGAUCGCCGACUCCGGAGUGGGCGUCUGCGAUAACUGCGAACGCAAUCCCAAGCUGGCCAGAAUCUGCUCCUGCCAAAGUCUCAACGAAAAGAGUCACGACGAGCUGCUCGAGGACGAGUGCUUCGAUCGACCCUCGAAGAGAUACAUGGACAUGCACUCGCCCAUGGAGGCGAAUGCCCAUCUGCAGUGCCAUGGCUCCAGUCUGGAGCUGCCCAAGCUGGAGGAGCUCAGCUGCCUGGAUCCCAAGAUACAAAAAACGCUUCUAUUGAUCAUGCGCGAGAUGAUUGGUACCGAACGCGACUAUGUGCGCUCCCUGUACUACGUGAUCGAGAACUACAUAGACGAACUGCUGCGCGAGGAUAUCCCACAGCCUCUAAGGGGCCAACGGAAUGUGAUCUUCGGCAACAUCGAGAAGAUCUUCGAGUUCCACAACUCGCACUUUCUGGGCGAACUGGAGCGCUACGAGCGGAACCCCCUCAAAGUGGGAGCUGCCUUCCUGGAAAUGGAGUCCAAAUUCUACCUAUAUGCGCUCUACAAUAAGAACAAGCCCAAGAGCGAUACCUUGCUCAGCGAAUAUGGCAGCUCUUUCUUCAAGCCGAAGCAAAUGCAGCUGCAGGAUAAAUUGGAUCUGGCCUCAUAUCUUCUGAAACCCGUUCAGAGGAUGGGAAAGUACGCCCUGCUCUUGCAGCAGUUGGUCAAGGCCUGCAAGGGAGUCGAGGGAGCAGCUCUGCAAGAAAUCGCCGCGGAUGUGGAGGAACUGCAGCGAGCGGAGGAGAUGGUCAAGUUCCAGCUGCGCCAUGGGAAUGACCUGCUGGCCAUGGACUCCCUGCGCGACUGCGAUGUAAAUGUCAAGGAACAGGGACGACUCCUGCGCCAAAAUGAGUUCCUCGUCUGGCAGGGACGCGGUGGCAAGAAGACACUGCGACAGGUGUUCCUCUUCGAAGAACUGGUGCUCUUCAGCAAGGCUCGUCGUUUUCCAGAUCACAAGGCGGCUUUUGAAAGACUUAAGAAUCUGGACAUCUACAUCUACAAGAACAGCAUUAAAACUUCAGAUAUUGGCCUCACAGCGCACACGGGCGAUUCGGCCACCAAGUUCGAGAUUUGGUUCCGGAAAAGAAAACCUGAUGACACGUGGAUGCUGCAGUGCAUGUCGGAGGAUAUUAAAAAUGCCUGGACCGAGGAGAUCUCCAAGCUGCUCUGGAAGCAGGCGAAACGAAACCGAGAAGUUCGUCUGGCGGAGAUGUCCUCUAUGGGCAUUGGCAGUAAACCCUGUCUCGAUAUUCGACCGAGCAACAACCAGAUCAGCGAUCGCUCGAUUCCACUGGCACAGCUGAACAAGACUCCCAAGCUGCGUCACUCAGAGCCGGGAAAGGGCAGCAUGCGGCGGCCCAACUCGCUGAUCUCGGAGAGCUCUUUGUCCAGCGGCACCAGCACCACCAGUGGCUCCUCCAUCAGCGGAGGUUCCUCGUCGGGUCACCAUGACGGCGGUGGCAGGCAUAGCCUGCACUUUGGCAAGUUGCCGGGACCACAUAGCACCAGUUCCACCAACUGCAGUGCCACCCUGGAGCUGAUAAACGAAACACAGGCCCUGAAGUUGGGCAAAUCCCAGAGCGGAGGAGGAAUCAAGGGGACGGAAACCGCUGCCGAGGGAGGCAGCACUUCCGGAAACGUCAGCGGAAGCGGAAACGGACUCGGGAGCAGCAAACGACACCACAAACGAUCGACAACCAUUGUCAGCCAGCUGUCCAUGGAGAGCGGCAUUGUCUCCGACAUGUGCGUAACCCCGGAUCAGGAGCAGUCGGCGGCGGAGAGCAGCCGGAGCAGUUGGUCCACAUCGACGACUACGGCAUCCGGAGCUUCGACGACCAGCGCAUCCACGGUGAUCCUGCGGCGAUACCGAUCCUACGCCCAUGCGGCGGAGUCCGCAAGUCCGGACAGCGGCAAAUAGGAGCUCAUGGAGCAUCGAAUCUAGAUAUAUAUAUAGGAAUCCCCAUUUAUAGCUUUAGCAGAACGGUUUCAUCGGAUCCAUAUUUUAUCAUUACGUUCGAUCCUUAAUUUUAAUUCAUUAUUUUUGUUAUUUAUUAUUUAUUACAUUUUUAGUUCUCGUUAAUUUGUCAUAGUCGCUGCUUUUGGUUUGGCCUUGUUUGUUUUUCGGAAACUUAAUUGAAAUUAUUGAAUUCAGCGUGUCAAUGUCGAAGCAUAUUUCACAUAUAGUUCUUAGUCCACCCAAUCGAAAGAUCCGCACCACACACACACACAGAUCGAUGGGAGCCAUGAGCACCACCCGGAAAGGGGCGUGGCCGAUGCCCAACAUAUCUGAAUCGAAGUUCAUUACGUACAGUUAGUUGAUAUGUAACCUAAGUGCCUACAUCUAGAAUAAUCGUAAACGAACAUAAAAAAUAUAUCUAUACAUUAUAUUAAAUCGAUAAAUAAGUAUAAGCGAAAAUUUAAAAUCAAUAAAUGUUGCUUCAAUGUAA